AUGAAAAGUUGUUCUCCUGUCCUCAACACUGCCAAUGGAGUAGCUGUCGGUGAAGCAACCCUUCCAAUUUGGAGAGAACACCUCAAGAGCUUGCUGAACCGGCUAGCACCGUCAGCUCUUGAACUCGAACAUGUUCAUAGACCGGCAUAUGCGGCUAACGAGGAGCCACCGACCGAGUCGGAGGUCCUGGUCUGUAUUCAGAAAAUGAAGAAUGGAAAAUCUGGUGGAGACGACGGGAUUAGCGCAGAAAUGCUAAAAUAUCUUCCUCCGUCUGGGAUUCGUGAGAUGACAAAGAUCAUCUGUUCAAUAUGGAUAGACGAAAGGAUAGCUGAUUCGUGGAGGCACGUUAUAAUUCCCCUCCACAAGAAGUUGUCCGUCACGGACCCCAGGAAUUAUCGACGAAUCCUUUUGCUGCGUGUUAUGUACAAGGUAUCGGAGCGCAUUAUCCUGGACCGACUCAUUAAACAUCGCGAAGAAACAACACGCGACGAGCAAGCUGGCUUUCGUCCUGGCAGAUCUACGAUUGACCAGAUGCUCAUCGUCAGAAGAGUGAUCGAAAUCUGGCGGCGGUAUUCGAAGCCAAUGCAACUAGCGUUUCUGGACUUUGAAGCCGCGUUUGACUCUCCUCACCGAAGCCGUCUUCUCAACGCGCUCCGCGCCGAUGGAGUACCAGGAAAGUUCGUUCGCUUGCUUGAUGACAUGAAUCAACGGACAAUUGCUGCAGUCCGAACACCAGCCGGAUGUACAACACCAUUUGAAGUGGUAACUGGAGUAAGACAAGUGGCGGUGGCAGAACCCUUCCUGUUCAAUUUCGCCAUCGACGAGAUUAUGCGAACAGUCGACUCGACCUGCCGACAUUGUCUUAGUACCAUCAGGGUGCCCCUUGACUGA